AAACUCCAUGGUAAAAUUUUCAUAUAACAUCAGACAUAUUAACAACAUAAAUGACGAAUGUGAAAAAAUCGAAAGGCCACAAUCCAAUCGAGAAGUAUCUUAAUGUGAUUUCGCCAUAUCACUACUAUUUUUAUUCCCUAUUAUUUUUGAGUAAAAUACCACCUUAUUGGCAUGUGCUGAGUCUAAUAUUCUUAACGCCACCCAUUGAUUACUACUGUAAUAACACCAUUACGAGAUCUGAUACCAAGAAUGCAUGUCCUUGCGAAGAUCCCUGGUGGGACAGGAGUGUUUUCACGGAAACAAUUCAGACAAAAUUUAAUAUGGUGUGCGAUAAUGCGUGGUUGGUGAGCUUCUCUCAGAGUAUGUUAUAUGCAGGAUUGCUGAUAGGAGCUUUCGUUUUCGGAUUUCUGUCUGAUAAAUUUGGACGAGUACCUUCAUUUUCUCUAAGCUGCUUCAUUUUAGCAAUAUCUGGAUGCCUCGUAUGUGUGAUGCCCAAUUCGACUUUAUUUAUAGUCAUGAGACUCAUCGAAGGCAUCGCAAUAGCCGGCACUAUUGUCACUUCGUUUGUUCUGUGUGUAGAGUACUGUGGUGCUAGACACCGUGAAAUCAUCACAGCCUUGUAUCACAUCCCUCUUAAUAUAAGCCACAUGUCGUUAGCUGGGAUAUCGUAUAUGCUGAGGCACUGCGAUGAAUUACAGCUGGCCCUGUCCGUACCUAUGUUCCUUUUCCUUGGAUUUCAAUGGCUAGUGAUGGAAUCCCCUAAAUGGUUAAUGGACAAUGGUCAAAUAGAUAAAGCAGCUAAGGUUAUAGAAAGAGUGACUAAGUACAGUCGAUCUUCAAGUCCUACAGUUAAAGAAGAAAUGGAAGCAUACGUAGCCAACCAAGCUUCAAGUAGUAAAACCAAAGUUGAAUUUUGGCAAAUCUUUAAGCACAGAAAACUAACCAUCAACUUCCUAUGUAUGUCGUUUAAUUAUUUUGUUUGUGGGAUGGGCUACUACGGUGUGUCACAAUAUAUAGGUAGGAUGAAUGGAGACAUACAUGCAAACGUUGCUAUAUCUGGAGCUCUGCUACUACCAGGUACAAUUGCCGCAGUAUUUUUGCUGAAGAUAUUAAAUCGGCGUCCGUUUCUAAUGACAUCGAAUUUUCUAUCGGGCUUGUUAAUAAUUAUAGUAAUAUGCAUCCCUGAGAAGUGGCUUUGGGUGAGAGUGGUAAUCGCAUGUAUAUGCAACUGCUUCUUCUUGAUGUCUUUCAUCAUUGUAUUUCUAUAUGGAGUCGAAUUAUUUCCAACUACAAUAAGAAAUUCUGCCUUAGGAUUUCUAUCCGUUAUGUCAAGAGCAGGCCAAAUUGUAGCCCCACCUAUAAAUGCCUUAUCACCAACUACAUCUGCAAUAGUAUUCGGUGUAUUAGCUAUAAUGGCCUCAGUUUUCUGCUUACCGAUUCCUGAAACAAAAAACACUGAACUCCCGUCAACGAUUGAAGAUUCGAAGAGAUUAUCUAUCAAAAGUAUUGAGUUAAUAGAAAAUCCAUCAUCUGGCGCAAAUAGUUAAUCAUGUUUAAGUUUUAUUUAAAGCAAUAUUUAAUUUUUCUUAACAGUAAUAAACAUUGAAUUUAG